AUGGGCUUGGCAAUGGAGCACGGGGGAUCCUAUUCACGGGCAGGGGCCAGCCCGAGGGGCUGCUGGUACUAUCUGCGCUAUUUUUUCCUCUUUGUCUCGCUCAUCCAAUUCCUCAUCAUCCUGGGCCUUGUCCUCUUCAUGGUCUACGGCAACGCGCACGUGAGUACCGAAUCCAACCUGCAGGCCACCGAGCGCCGGGCUGACGGCCUCUUCGGCCAGGUGGUGGGGCUCACAGCCUCCCAGGCCAACCUGUCCAAGGAGCUCAACCUCACCUCCCGUGCCAAGGAUGCCAUCAUGCAGAUGCUGAUAAACACCCGCCGCGACCUGGACCGAAUCAACGCCAGCUUCCGCCAGUGUCAGGCCGACCGGGUGAUCUAUGUGAACAACCAGCGAUACAUGGCUGCCAUCAUCUUGAAUGAGAAACAAUGCCAAGAACAACUCAAGGAAAGUAACAAGAGCUGCGAUGCUUUGGCCCUCACACUGAACCAGAAAGCCAAGACACUGGAGAUGGAGCUGGCAAAGGAGAAGGUGGUAUGUACCAAAGACAAGGACGGUCUAGUGCUGGGCAAGCGAGUGAUGGACGAGCAGCUGGCCGAGUGCAGCAAAGCCCGGGAACAGCAGCGGCAGGAGCGACAGCUGGCGGAGGACCGUCUGAAGAAGGUGCAGGCCCUCUGCCUCCCGCUGGACAAGGACAAGUUUGAGGUGGAGCUGCGCAACCUCUGGAGGGACUCCAUCAUCCCGCGCUCCCUUGACAGCCUGGGUUACAAUGUGUACCAUCCCAUGAGCUCAGAACUAGUCUCCAUCCGGAGAACCUGCGACCACAUGCCCAUCCUCAUGAGCUCCAAGGUGGAGGAGCUGGCCCGGAGCUUGCGGGCUGGCAUUGAGCGUGUGACCCGUGAGAACUCGGACCUCCAGCGCCAGAAGCUGGAGGCCGAACAGGGUCUGCGCGCCAGUCAGGAGGCCAAGGAGAAGGUGGAGAAGGAGGCCCAGGCCCGGGAGGCCAAGCUCCAGGCUGAAUGUGCCCGGCAGACCCAGCUGGCCCUGGAGGAGAAGGCAGUGCUGCGGAAGGAGCGUGACAACCUGGCCAAGGAGUUGGAGGAGAAGAAGAGGGAGGCUGAACAGCUCAAGGUGCAGCUGGCUGUCAGCAGCUCGGCCCUGGACACCUGCAUCAAGGCGAAGUCGCAGCCAAUACCAGUGCCAAGACCUGCAGGCCCUGCCCCCAAUCCCCCGCCCAUUGACCCAGCUGGGCUGGAGGAAUUCAAGAGGAGGAUCCUGGAGUCCCAGCGACCCCCUGCCAGCAGUGUCUUAGCAUCAGCCAGGGCCUGGUCAUCUGUUGGACGACAACCUGUGCGUCACAGGGAAGGUGACUCAGACCACAGCUCCAAGAACACCCUGUGCUCCCUCCAGGGUCGCUCCUACACCCCCCACCCCCCACCCCCUACCCUGUUCAGGACCACGCUGCUGACCUAG